CAAAAACAAGCCGCCAAAAGCAUCUGGUGGUUGUUCUAGGAUUUUUCGCAAGAGUGGUGAAACAAAGUUUAUAAUUAUUUGCAUUUAUUAUUUGUAUAUUUCCUUGGAUUUCUUUUCUCUAAUUCAUAUACAACUGUUUGCAUUUGUAAAGCGACGAUGGAAAAACUUUUUUUAAAUAAAGAAAUUACACUAGACGAAUUGAGCAAGGGUAUUGAGUUUCAAGUUGAUAACGAUGAAGUCUACUCAGAUUCGGAAAAUGAAUCAUAUUUUGAUGAUGAUACAUUUAAGACAUUUAAAGAUGAAAUUGCCAAUCUUGAAAAUGAAUAUAAACCAAAACUCUUGAGUGGAGCUAAUGAACCUUUUUCUGUUUACAAAGAAAGGAUGGAACCUGUCACCAGUGAUAAAAAGAUAUUGAAAGAGGUUAUGAAACAUGGAUCAGGCAUACUCAUUCCUAAUAAAUCUGUGGUGAUGAUGCAUUAUGAUGCUUAUUUAGAAAAUCAAAAAGAGCCUUUUGAUUCUACACGUUUGAGAAAAAGACCUUAUAAGUUUUUAUUUGGGGACAAUAACCUUUUACCUGGUUUGGAAUUAGCCAUCAAAACAAUGAAGAAAGAUGAAAUGUCAAGAUUUUUGGUCAGCCCUGACUAUGCUUAUGGUGCCAUGGGCUGUCCCCCUCGAAUCCCUCCGUCAGCCGAGAUAUUGUAUGAGGUUGAAGUAUUGAACUUCUAUGAUAGUAAAGAUGCCAUAGAGUUUGAGGACAUGGCACCAGAAGACCAGAAGAAGGCGUCAUUUGAAAAAGUUGUUGCUGUUUACCAUUGUGAGCACAACAUGGCUAAUGAUCUCUUCCAUAAAAAACUGUAUAAACAAGCUAUUGCCCGGUAUCGUAAAGCUGCUAACAUGCUCCAAGAGGUUAAUGUAGCUAAUGAAGAAGAAGACGAAAAGCGGAAUGGCUAUUUGCUAAAAUUGUAUUUGAAUCUCGCACAAUGCUAUAUUAAUAUUCAAACUCCUAAUAAAGCUGUCAUUUAUGCUGAUUUAGCUCUCAAAAUACAACCCAAAAAUCCCAAAGGUUUGUUUAGAAUGGGAUGCGCUUUGCACAUGAUAAGUGAUUACGAAAGAGCCGAACAUUACCUAAGCCAAGCAAAAAAGGAGAAACCAUUUGCUAAAAGCAUAAAUGAAGCUAUAGCUAAACUAGAACAAAAACGGAAUCAACAUUAUGAAUGGGAAAAAAGAUUUUCUAAAUAUGCUUUGGGUGGUUCUCAACAAAGUGAUGCAGCGAAAGAACAAGUGUUGCCUGAAACGCAGGAGUUUGUUGACAUUGUACUAGAGCAAAUAAAUGAAUUCAUGGAAUCUGAUGAAAAAGAAUUAACUUUCUCUUCUGGAUACACUGAAGAUCAAAUUGUUGUAAUGAAAGAACUUGCUAAGAAGAAUAAUUUAGCAUUUGUUUCCAAGAUUAUGGCUGGUGUUAAAAUCAACAAAAUUGUUAAAAGGGUCUAAAAAUAUUUUAUCAAAUAUUCAUCUGUAAAUAAGAAAUAUCAUUAUUGUAUAUGGCUGAGCAUUUAAUCAAUAAUAGAGAAAUCUAAUGAUUUGUUUUAAAUCAAUAAGUAAUAAUAAGUCAGAUCUGAAUUACUAGGUGCACUUGAUUUGCAUCUCUUAGGUUAUUGUCUCUACCUAUUGUGUGAUAUUGAAUUAUGUUCACAGUCAAUCACCCCAUUAAUUUUUUUUAAAAGUGAACUAUAAAAAAAAAAUGUGGGGAAAAAUUCUUAUCUAAAAUGUCAUAAAUAAAAUCUUUACUCAA